AUGGUUUCUUCCUACAAGGGUGGGCCGCUCGGGCUGGGCGAUCCUCAGAGCAAUUUUAUUUCUGAACUUGAACGUUCAAAUGUGCUUUCUCACUAUAUUCGCGAAAAGUUGUUAACCGAGCUUUGUGCUGAUGAGUGGAAACUGUGGCGAAAGUGUAUUCGAAAAAAUAGUGAUAAAUGGUUCCCCUCGCUUAGAUGCAGAGACUUAUUUGAGAUAGUUAAUAGUUGUCAGCUUCGAUACGUAACAAACAAAGAUUCUUUCAGGAAGUUGGAGGAAGAGUAUCUGUCCAAACGAUCCGAGUACAGGACGACCGGCGUACCGAUUAAGUUCCUUUCUGGUUCCGAAAUCAAGAAAAUGACUGAAAAUGAGGCGAAAUGUGACGUUUUUUGA